AGAGCUGCUCCCAGGGGUGGCCUGUACUCCUUGAUAUAUUCUCCAAGGCAAGGCAUUGGAAUUCAUUCCCAGCAAUGGAACUCUACAAGGCUGCCAUGGUACUGGGUGGAGUUGGUGACGCACUGGGCUACAGGAAUUCCAGGUGGGAGAGAUGUCCCUCAGGUGUGGCCAUUCUCUCUGAGCUGAAAGCUCUGGGUGGAUUGGAAGGUAUUACAGUAUCAGCAGAUGAGUGGCCUGUCAGUGACAAUACAGUCAUGCACAUAGUGACAGCAGAGACACUCGUAUCAGAUAUCUGGUCCCUGACGGACCUUUACCGUGAGAUGGUGAAGGCUUACGUUGAGAUUGUUGAACAGAUACACAAACGGCAGCCAGACCCAGCCACCAUUGAGGGCUGCUCCCAGCUCAAGCCGGACAACUACCUCCUGGGCUGGCACACACCCUUCAAUAAGAAAGGUUCAGGAUUUGGUGCAGCCACGAAGGCUAUGUGUGUGGGCAUGAGGUACUGGCAGCCCGAGAAACUGGACAACCUCGUGGAAGUGAGCAUUGAGUGUGGACGAAUGACUCAUAACCACCCCACAGGAUUCCUGGGAUCACUGUGCACAGCUCUGUUUGCGUCCUAUGCUGUCCAGCGCAAGCCAGUGGUGGAGUGGGGGCGGGAGAUGUUGAAGGUUCUCAAUGCGGCCGAGACGUACUGCAGGAAGACUAUUCGCCACAUGGCAGAAUAUCAAGAAAGUUGGUUUUAUUUUGAGACUAAGUGGCAGUCGUAUUUGGAAGAAAGAGGAAUUGCUCAGGAGGGGCAGAAUACACCGAAAUUUCCAAAGAUCUACAAUGCCGAGGAAAGAGAUCAGGUCUACAGGGAAUGGAGCUCUGAGGGUGUAGGUGGACGAAGAGGUCAUGAUGCGCCAAUGAUCGCCUAUGAUGCCCUCCUCUCCGUUGACAACAACUGGACAGAACUAUGUAACCAUGCCAUGUUCCAUGGAGGUCUGGGUGGAGCCACGGGCUCAAUCGCUGGCUGCCUCUACGGCCUGCUCUUCGGGAUGGUGGACGUUCCCAAAGGACUGUACCUGAACCUGGAGUUUAGAGAGAAACUGGAGGAACUUGCAGCCAAAUUGCACAAAGCAGCGAAUGAGGGUGAAGCAGUCUGACCAAUCAAAGGGAAUGGGGAUAGGGGAUAGGGACUAGUAGAAGAGAGAUAUUUAAAACUCUGCCAUUACCACCUCUCUCAGUUGAUUUUAUGCUCCACCUUCACCAUCUCCCUCCAAAUUCCAUCGUCUUCAGCCCUUUGACACCUCCACACAUCAACUCCCAGCCUCUGUCACUAUUUCCGCUCUGCCCUCUACCAGCCGUGCCUCACAAUUUUAGUUAUUUCCAGAAUCCCCCUUUCACUUACAAAUCUGCUUUACUAAUAAUAAGUGCGACUUUAAAAAUUAGAAAAUUAGUUGAUACAAGUGAGAAGCUGUAGCUUUAAGUGUGCCACCUUACAAUGUGAAGGGUACGGCUACCUACAGGGCUUCCACUGAAUGCCAGAACCUCAGCAGCAGUGAUGUGCUGUUUGGAAAUUUUGCUGCAUGCUCACUGAUGUUUCAGCAAAGGGAAACACGAGAAAAACUGACCCAGCACAUGUGCUUUAUAACAUAACACCGAUUACGUGCACUGUGUGGUGGCCUAUGUGCUUUAAACACUGCAGUGGCUGAUUAACCUAACACUGCUUUAUAGCUUCACAAUAUUCCCCUUUUCAAUACACAGUACAUACAUUGUACACACUUUACCACUGCCAAUUGUAUUUUGCAGCAUAAUACUGUAUAUGUCUGAACUAAACAACAAACAUUAUUCUGAAGUGACCAUAAGACAUAGAAGCAAAUCAGGCCAUUCAGCCCAUCAAAUCCACACCACAAUCAAUCAUGGCUGAUAUUUUAUUUCUCUUUUCAACCCCAUUCUCUUGCAUUCUUUUCUAACCCUUAAGCCCUUUAUCAGCCAAGAACCAAAAUACCUCUGCCCUUGGUAUAUCCAGUGACUUGGCUUCCACAGCCCUCUGUGGCAAUUAAUUCCACAUAUCAGAAUCAUGUUUAAUAUCACUGGCCGAUGUCAUGAAAUCUGUUGUUUUGCAGCAGUGGUAUAUAAUAAUAAAAACUGUAAAUUACAGUCAGAAGUAAAAAUUGUACAUAAAUUGAAUAAGUCAUCAAAAAAUAGUGAGGAAGUGUUCAUGGGUUCAAUAUCCAUUGAGAACUCUGAUGGCAGAUGGGAAGAAGCUGUUCCUGAAACAUAGAGUGUGUGUCUUCAGGCUCCUUCCCAAUGGUAGCAAUGAGAAGACAGCAUGGCCUGGGUAAGGGGUCCUUAAGGAUGGAUGUUGCCUUUUUCAGGCAUGGUUUUUGAAGAUACCCUGGAUGCUGGGGAAACCAGUGCCCACAAUGGAACAUCUAUAGAAAUUUGUGAGUGUCUUUGGUGUCAUACCAAAUCUCCUCAAACUCCUAAUAUAACCACUGUCAGGCCUUCUUUGUAACUGCAUCUGUAUGUGGGCCCAGGAUCGAUCCUGUGUGAUCCAGCUUGUCACGAGGGACCUUGUCAAAGACAAGGGAUCUACGUCUUCUGCCCUGCUCUAUUGUGCCCCUCCCAUUGAGACCCCUUCUCCGAACUCCCUUGCCUCUACUGCCAAACCUGUUCCACUUCCUUACCCUUCCCCCAACUCUUGAGGCCCUGCAUCCCCCAGUCCCUCCACCAUGCCCCCUGCUCUGACUUCCUUAUGGAAAAAGACUGCACUCAAUGGAAAUCUAAAACAAAGGCAAGUGCUGGGAGCUCAGCAGGCCAGGUACACCUGCAGAAGGAGUCAAAGAGAAUCAGGGUUGAAAUUUCAGACUGAUUGCCUUCUAUCAGAACUGGGAAAAGUUAGAAAUAAAAUAAGUCUUUUAUGAACAACCUGAAAUGCUGCCACCUUUUCUCUCCACAAAUGCUGAUUUAUCCAGCAUUUCCAGCUUUAGUUCAACUGCCUACUGGACAGUGGAUCAGGGCAGGACUUUCACAGUAAGUUGGUUUAUUAUUGUCACAUACCAAGAUACAGAGAAAAGCUUGUCUUGCAUACCAUCCAUACAGAUCACUGUAUUGAGGGAGUACAAGGUAAAAUGGUAACGGAUUGCAGAACAAACUGUAAAUGCAGAGCAGGUGAACAGCAAGGUGCAAGGUUCUGAGUCAAGUUUCCAUCUAGUCAUACCAGGAAACUGUUCAAUAGUGUUUUUGAGCCUGCUGGCACACGCUUUCAGCCUUUUAUAUCUUCAGUCUGAUGGGAGGGGGAGAGAGAAUGUCUGGGGUGGAGGGGUCUUUGAUUAUGUUGACUGCCUUAGCGAGGCAGCAAGGAGGGCAGAGAGAGUCAGUGGAGGGGAGGCUGGUGUCUGUGAUGCACUGAGCUGAUCAGUAGGGUGCUGGGAUCUGCUGGUGAAGAGAGGGACCUGAGAGUCCAGGAACACAUUUACUGAAAGUAGCCAGGGUAAUAAAAAGGCUUUUGGCAUACUGGCCUUCAUCAGUCAGGGCACUGAGCACAAGAGCUGUGACAAUAAGACACAGGAGCAGAAUUAGGCCUUUUGGGUCGUCAAGUCUGCUUCACCAUUUGAUCAUGGCUGACUUAUUUUCUCUCUCAACCCCAUUCUCAUGCUUUCGCUCCAUAACCUUUGAUACCCUUACUAUCAACCUCCACUUUAAAUAUACCCAAUGGCUUAGCCUCCACAGCCAAAUGUGGCAAUGAAUUCUAUAGAUUCACCACCAUCUGGCUAAGAAAUUCCUACUUAGCCCUGUUCUGUAGAGGGGUCCUUGUAUUUUGAGGCUGUGCCCUCUGGUCCUGGACACUCCCACUACUGGAAACAUCCUCGACAUAGUAACAUCUUCUAUGUUAAGUUUGGUAUGAUCCUUCCUCAUUCUAAACUCCAGCAAGUACAGACCCAGAGCCAUCAGAUGUGCCUUAUUUAAAGCACAAAGUAAAAUUUAUUAUCAGAGUCCAUACACGUUACCACAUACAACCCUGAGAUUCUUUUUCCUGCAGGCAUACUCAGCAAAUCUAUACAACAGUAAUUGUAAACAGGAUCAAUGAAAGAGCAAGAGCACAGAAGACAACAAACUGCAAGUGCAAAUAUAAGCAAAUAGCAAGAAAUAACAAGUGUGUGAAGAGCAAGAGCAAGAGGAUAGGACAUGAAAGAAUAGGACCCAUCAAGUGUGACAGUGGGAAAGUGUGUAUGGAACUGGAGGAAACAGCAUAAUGAAUACUCUCCUAAUGUCUCCUCUCAUCCUCCUUCUCUCCAAAGAGUAAAGCCCUAGCUCCCUUAAUCUCUGAUCAUAAUCAGCAGCAUCCUGGUAAAUCUCCUCUAUACCCUUUCCAAUGCUUCCACAUCCUUCCUAUAGUGAACCGACCAGAACUGGACACAGUACUCCAAGUGUGGCCUAACCAGAGUUUUAUAGAGCUGCAUCGUUAUACUUUAUACUUUAUAGUUUAUUGUUGCCAAACAAUUGGUACUAGAACGUACAAUCAUCACAGCGAUAUUUGAUUCUGUGCUUCACACUCCCUGGAUUACAAAUAUUAAAUAUUAUAAAUAUUAAAAAUAGUUAAAAUUAGUAAAUGUUAAAAAUUUAAAUUAUAAAUCAUAAAUAGAAAAUAGAAAAAUGGGAAGUAAGGUAGUGCAAAAAUACUGAGAGGCAGGUCCGGAUAUUUGGAGGGUACGGCCCAGAUCCGGGUCAGGAUCCGUUCAGCAGUCUUAUCACAGUUGGAAAGAAGCUGUUCUCAAAUCUGGCCGUACGAGUCUUCAAGCUCCUGAACCUUCUCCUGGAGGGAAGAGGGACAAAAAGUUUGUUGGCUGGGUGGGUCGUGUCCUUGAUUAUCCUGGCAGCACUGCUCCGACAGCAUGCGGUGUAAAGUGAGUCCACGGACGGAAGAUUGGUUUGUGUGAAGUGCUAGGCUGUGUUUACAAUCUUCUGUAGCUUCUUUCGGUCUUGGACAGGACAACUUCCAUACCAGGUUGUGAUGCACCCUAGAAGAAUGCUUUCUACUGUGCAUCUGUAAAAAUUAGUGAGGGUUUUAGGGGACAGGCCAAAUUUCUUUACUUUUCUCAGGAAGUAAAGGCGCUGGUGGGCCUUCUUGGCAGUGAACUCUGCUUGGUUGGACCAAGUCAGGUCAUUUGUGAUAUUGACACCAAGGAACUUAAAGCUUUUGACCUGUUCCAUUUGCGUACCACUGAUGUAAAUUGGGUCGUGCGGUCCGCUACUCCUUCUGAAGUCAACAAACAAUUCCCCCGUCUUGCUGACGUUGAGGGAUAGGUUAUUGUCUUCGCACCAUGCCACCAGGUUCUUAAUUUCCUCUCUGUACUCAAACUCAUCAUUACCCGAGAUACAGCCUACAAUUGUUGUGUCAUCAGCAAACUUAUAUAUUGAGUUUGAUGGAAACUUGGCUACACAAUCAUGGGUGUACAGUGAGUACAGCAGGGGGCUGAGUACACAGCCUUGUGGGGCACCGGUGCUCAGAGUGAUUGUGGAGGAGAGCAUGUCCCCUAUUUUUACAGCCUGGGUCCUUCUGUGAGGAAGUUGAAGAUCCAGCUGCAGACCUGAGUGCUAAGGUCCAGGUUCCGGAGCUUAGGAAUCAGUUUAUUUGGAAUGAAGGUAUUAAAGGCAGAGCUGUAGUCAAUGAAGAGGAGCCUUACGUAUGCUUCUUUAUUCUCGCGACUCUUAAACUCUAUCCCUCGACUUAUGAAAGCUAACACCCCAUAAGCUUUCUUAACUACCCUAUCUACCUGUGAGACAACUUUCAAGGAUCUGUGACAUGUAACCCCAGAUCUCUCUGCUCCUCCACACUACCAAGUAUCCUGCCAUUUACUUUGUACUCUGCCCUGGAGUUUGUCCUUCCAAAGUGUACCACCUCACACUUCUCCGGGUUGAACUCCAUCUGCCACUUCUCAGCCCACUUCUGCAUACUAUCAAUGUCUCUCUGCAAUCUUCGACAAUCCUCUACACUAUCUACGACACCACCAACCUUUGUGUCGUCUGCAAACUUGCCAACUACCCCCACAUCCAGGUCAUUAAUAAAAAUUACAAAAAGUAGAGGUCCCAGAACAGAUCCUUGUGGGACACCACUAGUCACAACCCUCCAAUCUGAAUGUACUCCCUCCACCACGACCCUCUGCUUUCUGCAGGCAAGCCAAUUCUGAAUCCACCUGGCCAAACUUCCCUGGAUCCCAUGCCCUCUGACUUUCUGAAUAAGCCUACCAUGUGGAACCUCAUCAAAUGCCUUACUAAAAUCCAUAUAGAUCACAUCCACCGCACUACCCUCAUCUAUAUGCCUAGUCACCUCCUCAAAGAACCCUAUCAGGCUUGUUAGACAUGAUCUGCACGAUUUUGUAGGAUUUUCUGUUGAAAGGCAUUGGUGUUCCCGUACUAGACCAAAAUACAGCUAGUCAAUACACUUUCCAACACAUAUAUAUAGAAGUUUGCCAAGGUUUUUGAUGACAUGCUGAAUCUCCACAGACUCCUGAGGAAGUAGAGCGCUGUUGUGCUUUCUUCGCAAUUAUAUUUAUAUGAUGGUCCAUGAAAGGUCCUCUGAGAUAAUAACACCCAGGAAUUUAAAGUUACUGACCCUCUCCACCUCUGACACUCUGAUGAGGACUGGCUCAUGGACCUCUGGUUUCCCUCUCCUGAAGUCUACAAUAGUUCCUUAGUCUUGCUGACACUGAGUGAGAGGUUGUUAUGACACCACUCAGCCAUAUUUUCACUCUUCCUCAUGAACGCUGAUACAUCACCACCUUUGAUACGGCCCACAACAGUGGUGUCAUCAGCGAACUUAUAUCUGGUGUUGGAGCUGUACUUAGCCACACAGUCAUAGGUGCAAAGUGAAUGGAGCAGAGGGCUAAGCACACAGUCCUGUGGUGCUCCUAUGCUGAUGUUUUUGCAAAUCUGAACUGACAGGGGUCUGCAAGUGAGAAAUUCCAGGAUCCAACAGCACAACCCUUUUAUUCCUCGGAUUAUUCUCCUGAGCCCCCACCAGACACUCUCCAAUGCCAGCACAUCGUUUCUUACUUAUGGGGCCUAACCCUGCUAAUACUCGGUGUGGUCUGACCAUUGUCUUAUAAGGCCUCAGAAUUAUAUCCUUGCUUUUAUAUUCUAGUCAUUUCAAAAUUAAUGUUUACAUUACAUUUGCCUUCCUUGCUACUGGCUCAGCCUGCGAGUUAACCUUUAGACAACCCUGUACAUGGACUCCCAAGUCACUCUACACCUCUGAUUUCUGAACUUGUACACCAUUUAGAAAAUAAUCUACACCUUUAUUCCUUUUACCAAACUGCAUAACCAUACACUUCCCUAUACUGUAUUCUGUCUGCCACGUUUUGUCAUUCUCCUAAUCUGAACAAGUCCUUCUGUAGAAGUGGCAAGUAGCUUCCUCAUGCUACUUGCCACUCCACCUAUCUUUGUAUCAUCUGUAAACUUUGCCACAAAACCAUCAAUUCUGUCAUGCAGAUCACUAACAUGACAUUAACAUGUAGUGAACCCAACCCUGACCCUUCCAGAAAGCCACUAGCCACUGGAAGCCAGCCAGAAACGGUCCCCUUCUGUCCAUGUUACUAUCUGUCCUGUAAUACCACGGGCUCUUAUCUUGUCUAGCAGCCUCAUUUGCAGCACCUUGUCAAAGGCCUUCCAAAAAUCCGAGUGAGAAAAACAUGGACUCUCUCUUUGUCUAUAAAGCCUAUUACUUCCACAAAUAAUUUUAGUGGAUUUAUAAAGCAAGGUUUCCACUUAAGGAAACCAUGCUGACUGGCCUAUUUUAACACAUGCCUCUAAGAACCCUGAAAGCUUAUCCUUAAUAAUUGACUCCAGCAUCUUGUUAACCACUGAGAUCAGGCUAAUUGGCCUAUAAUUUCCUGUCUUUUACCUCCCUCCCUUCUUAAAGAAAGGAGUGACAGUUGAGAUUUUCCAGUCUUCUGGAGCCCUUACAGAAUCUAGUGAUUCUUAAAUGAUCAUUACGAAUGCCUCCACGUGGGCACGCGGCCAAGUCGUUAAGGCAUUGGACUAGCUACCUGAAGGUCGUCAGUUCGAGCCCCAGCCGAGGGAACAUGUUGUGUCCUUGAGCAAGGAACUUAAUCACACAGUGCUCUGCGACGACACUGGUGCCAAGCUGUAUGGGUCCUAAUGUCCUUCCCUUGAACAGCAUUGGUGUCGUGGAGAGGGGAGACUUGCAGCAUGGGCAACUGCUGGUGUUCCAUACAACCUUGCUCAGGCCUGUGCCCUGGAGAGUGAAGACUUUCCAGGCGCAGAUCCAUGGUCUCGCAAGACUAACGGAUGUCUUUAAUGACUCCACAGUCUUUUUGGCCAUCUCUUUCAGAACCUUAGGGUUAAGUCCAUCUGGUCCAGGUAAUUUAACUACCCUCAGACCUUUCAGCUUCCAAGUACCUUUUCCUCAAAAAUAGUGACUACACUCACUUCUGCCCCCUGACACUCUCUUGAAGUUCUGGCAUGCUACUGGUGUCUUCCAAAGUGAAGACCGACACAAAUUAAUUAUUCAGUUCAUCCUCAACACAAGAGAUUCUGUUGAUGCUGGAAAUCUCGAGCAACAAACGCAAUAUCUUCUUUGAGCUCAACCAGCCCUGCUGAAUUCCUUCAGGAUUCAAUUUGUUCGCUAUUUCUUUGUUCUCCAUUACUGCCCGAGUGGAUGUUGGGGAGGCCACACUUGGAGAAUUGUGUAUGGCUUUAGUCAUCCUGUCAAAUGAAUGUCACUAAGCUGAAAACUGUACAAAGAAGAUUUACAAGGCCUUCGCCAGGACUCAAAUCUACUGAGUUAUUGGAAGAGAUUGCACAGGCUAGCACUUUAUUUCUUGGAACGUUGGAGACUGAGGGGUGAUUUUAGAGAAAUAUGUAAUAUAAGGGACAUGUUUGGGAGGAGAAGAUGGCAACACAAUGCAGCUCGCAACAGCCACUCUGGUGGUGAUGUCUGUUAUUUGUCAGGUGGGGUGCCAUGCAUAAUCCUGAUUUGAUGGAGAUAGAUGUGAGCGCACGGAGGAACAUGUGGAGAAACUUCUGAAAUGCCUGCUUCGCUGCUGCUGCUACUGUGUGGUCCAGAAUCUCCGGAGGAGAAGGCCCCGAGUCCUUGGCUUUGCUUGUUGCUUGGCGACCGGGGCGGGAAUGAAGCGCUCAGCAGAGGAUGGUGCUCAGAGAGGCUGUGUCGGAGGGGCUGGUCGGAGGCUCAAAGUUUUCGGAUGGACUCAGAGUCCGCUGCGGUCGGGUGCUUCCAAUGGUGCUGCAUCGGCAAGUUGUCGGCGCUUGGAGGUUUAUGGCAGGGAGAGUUUCUCCCUUCUGCCACCUGUGUGAGAUGAUGAGGCUAUCGAGACUUUGAGACUUUUUUUUUACCUUGCCCAUGGUCUACUCUUUAUCAAAUUAUGGUACUGUUUUGCCCUGUUGUAACUAUAUGUUAUAAUUAUGUGGUUUUGUUAGAUUUAGUCUUGGUUUGUCCUGUUUUUUUUGAUAUCAUUCUGG